AUGGAGAGCCCGUCUUCUACGACCAGGCGUCAGGCCUGGGUCCAGACCAGUCGACAGUGGCUCAACCUGGAAGAACAAGAUCCACAGGGACCAGGACCGUACAUCCAUCCCUCUGCCCACCGCUCUACCCUACAACGACCAGGAUAUACCAGUCCUUCUGUCCCACGGGGACCACCAUACACCCAUCCCUCUGAUCCACACCAGUCUGCAUCAGAGGAUGACGUUUUCUCAGAUGGUCAGUUCUCAUUUUGGUAGCUUGAUAAAGAAUUUACAUUUGAGUGACAUUGAUGCAUUACUAUAUGAUAUCUAUGGGAUAAAGUAAUCAACAACAGGCAGAGGGUUAAAACUCCCUAACAACAACAACACUGCUUAGUCUGGUAUUUACAUUUGAGUCAUUUAGCAGACACUCUUAUCCAGAGCGACUUACAGUUAGUGAGUGCAUACAUUAUUUUAUUUUUUUUCAUACUGGUAUAUUUAUAACUCAUAAUAUGUGGGCGGUUGGCCACUGCAUGAUGCAUCACACAUCUUUGUGACAAAGCACAGAAAAAAGAGUGUAGAAGUCUUAAUGCUGAAUGCUCACCCAGACUGUUCUAUGUCUACUGUUUCCACAGGAUGCUCUGCAGGAAAGAUUGAGAGCUGGCUUCUGGGCUGUGGGUGAGUGAGCAUGCUGUGAAAGGUUUGACUUUGAAAUUAAACUUACAAGAAAGACUCAAUAGGAUGAUGUGUCAGUCAGUGGCAACUGGCAAGUAAAAAAACAAAAGGUGAAGGGAAACCGCCCACCGUUUGGGGAAAUAUUACAGAUGUGAAUUCUGUUUAGAAUAUGGAGACAGGUCAAUGGUCAAUGCUCCAAAACAACUUGGUUCUAGAACUAGUUUGGUCCUAUUUAUACUAUAGGGCGUUCUAUUUUAGUACUUUGUGUUUAUAGUCAAAAAUUUGCAUCAUAGGAAAUGGUACAAAAGUAGUGUUUGUUCUGUUGAUUGGAUGCAAACAUCACUAUUGUGCAAUUUCAAAUGUAUUACUAAUGAUCAUGGCUAACUUGGCUGUGACUGUAUUGAUCAAGUUGAGUCUGAAAAUGUGGCUAAACUGGUGUGUGAACUUGGAUGACCAGGCUGCUUUGUGGGCUUUAUAGAAUCUGAUUUAAAAUAAUGUCAGAUAAGAAAUGUUGGGGCGUUCUUAAAACAUAUGUGGUUAACGUGACUUGAUAAUCUGACUGCUAAUCACUCAGCCUGAGAGCAUCUCCUAUGUAGGAAGUGAACUGACUUUUAAAAGCUGUAGCUUUACUGGAUAGACUGAGAGGAUAGCUAGCUAGAAAUAAUGCCCAUAGGUUUGAUCCAGAGCCGUAUAGUAUACUGUGGGGUGCGAAAUGAUUGACACCCUUGAUAAAGAUGAGCAAAACUGACUGUAUAAAAUAGAUGUAUAGGGCGGCAGGUAGCCUAGCGGUUAGAGCGUUGGGCCAGUAACCCAAAGGUCACUAGUUAGAAUCCCCGAGCCGACAAGGUGAACAUCUGUCAAAAUAAUCUGUAAAAAAUAGGUCACUUAACCCUUAUUGCUCCAGGGUCGCCGUUGAUAAUGGCAGACCCUGGCUGUGACCCUACUCUCCGAGGGUGUCUCAGGAAGAGUUGGGAUAUGCAAAAAACACAUAUCUAAAACAGGGCAAAUAGAAGCACCCACCAAAUUAUUAUUAUAUAUAUUGUAUGCUCAAAACAUUUGGGAAAUUAUAUUAUUUUAUACUAAUACAAUUGCUCAGAGAAAGAGAUUUUGUUUAACUAGUAAUAAAAAAAAUCUCAAAAAGGUAGGGGUAAAAAUGAUUGACACCCCUGUUUUCAAUACCUUUCAACACCUCACCUUGCAAGGAUAACGGCACUGAGCCUUUUUCAAAACAUGUAAUUUUAGUUUUAUGAGUUGGAGAACACAUUUGGAGUAAUCUUAGGCUAUUCCUCUGUACAGAAUCCUAAGAUGUUGUUUUGGUGUACGUUAUAUAUUUUCACUAGGCUGGAGACAGGCUCACAGAACUCGAGUCAUCAUCUGACUGUUGGUAAGUCUGACAAAGCCACCGUCACUGCAAUCUACUAUCAGCAUGGAUAUCAUGAUAUAAUGUCCUAUUGGUCCAUAUAAAACACUGAUUAUAGUCUCUCCUCUUCUUCUAUUUGAUCAUCUAUUCUCCUCUUCCAGAGUCUCUGCUGAAAGCCAACAGUUUUGAAGAUGACCUGAGUCUGGGUGCCGAGGGUGAGGACAACAGAGUACAUAAACCCAAUGACACACACACCAUAGUAAAUAAUCCAAGCAGGAAAUAGCUUUGUAGGAAAAGUAGGAGACCAUCAUGGAUGUUUUGGAAAAGGCUUUGUUCCUGCUUCUGUGCAACAGCCUCCCUCUUUGUUUUUGUUAUUCCUAUUUGAACUCAUUUUCCAUUACCAAAUAUGUUUAAAGAACAUAGGCCUUUUAUCCAAUACUGAAGUCCAUUAUACCUGUUUGACUAGUGGACGCCUUCAUAAAAAAAAAACAAGUCUGUACAUGUUGGUGACAUAGCACAUCCUCAUGGCUAAGGACUGCUUCUCCACUGCCAGUACACCAGGGACAUGUACUGUAGCCUACUGUAGUUACACUGCAAUAAAACAGUAGGCUCAUUGUAGCAUCAAACCUUAAGCCUUCACCUCUUCCAUGAGCGACUGACAUCCUGGUGCAUGUGAUUUAGCUGUUGACUGACGGACACUCUCCCAAAGAUUGGACCAAUAUACAAAGAAAUAAUGAGAGCGUGUCUGCAAAUAGAGGCGCCAUCGCUCACUGGAGCCUCACAACACAAAUGGCCAAAUGUCACAGAGGUCUGGGAGGAAAACGCGCACACAUAAGCAUGAAUGCAAACGCACGCACGAAUGCGCACACACACACACACAGUGUUCUCUUUCCACUCAAACUUUUAUUUUAUGUUUUACAGCUAAAGCAUUAAAUGUUGAAGGAGUCUCAGAACUGGGGUAAGAUAAAUGGAAUAUAAACAAGAAGAAUGUGUGGAUUCAUUACAUCAAUUAUGCCCAAAAGUCCUUCCUAUUCAGAGGGAGGUUUAGAUUAGUCAUGUUUGGUUGACGUGACAUGAGCUUGACCUGCUUUUAUCUUCCCACGGUGGUGCCUGCUGACUGUGUAGGGUGCUGCUUCCGCCACCCAAACAUCUUCACAGAGGAGGAGCCACCACCAGGUCAGUUAGAGCAACCCACAAACUUUGGCAUAUGGCAAGCUAUAUUUCUGUUAUAGAGUUUCUUUUUAUAAUCCCUCUUUAUGCAUUUUCCCAGCUACUAGUACAUUAAAUACGGUUACAUUAACAUAUAUCUGUUGAAUACAGGCAUGCUUCAACCAUUAUUACUAUAAUAAUUCUGGUUAGUUUUUUAAGUUGUUUCAUUGUUUAUUUUUCGCCUGUCGCAUGUUGAUCUCAUGUCUUUGUUCCUGCAGUACUCCCCGUCAGAUGCUGGCUCUGCCCUUACUCCACCUCUGCCACAGUAUUGCCUCCAGUGGCCUCUCCAACAGCACCAGUAAGACGUCAAGGUGAGUUAGGACCAACCACUAUUAACCGUAUGUUACACAGUCUUAACUAUCAUAUAGUAUAUCAAAUCUGUCAGUAAAUCUCUCACUCCCCUCUCUCUCUUUCUAUCUGUCUCUCUGACUCGUCACCUACACCCCCCCAGUGUGUCUGAGGUGCUGCAACUGUGUGCAGAGGAUGCAGAGGAGACUCUGUACCAGUUGGGGUUCGGAUGUGACGAGCCUAAGGUCACCGACCGCAUCCCCACCCGUUUCCUCAACUUCCCCUCCCAGCUUCACGGUAUCAACUUCCGCCUCUUCCUCCAGUCCCAACUGUACCGCCUCCGACAGGAAGACCCAGGACUCUCUCUAGCCAGUAAGACACAAACGUACACACGCACACAAACACACACACUCACACCAAUGUGUCGGACUCCCACACACUACUGUGGUAAUCACCAUCAUCAUACACACCCACAACCAGGUAUAGAGAGUCUCUGUACAUGAUUCAGCUUUCAUUUACAUAAUAACUUGAGUUAUGCAGCACUUUCUAUGCAGUUCAAAGAGCUUCAUCUCUAAAUAGACACCUACAUCCACAGACAGUGUCUAUAUGACUACAUUUACAUAGCACUGUCAGUAUAAUAUGUUUCUCCACCAAGCAGAGUCUUAACAUACAAUAAAUACAUUAUACUCAGUCUUUGCUAUGAACAAGACACGUUAAUGCAUCUCUCAUUGUCCUGUGUGUUAGGCAGCCAGCACAUUCAAAACAAAUGGUUAUUAUCUCUUUCAAUUGCCCUGAUGAACGUUUCUUCCCCCCUGCAGGUCGUUUCAGGCAGGUAGAGGUGCUAACAGCCAUGGCCAAUGCCUUCUACUCCCUCUACUCCCACGUGUCCCGCACACCCCUCCAGAAGCUCGCCCCUCCCGAGUUCAGCUUCUCCCCCACCGCCGACAGGCAGACUGGACGGCGCUUCAUGGGAAGCGUUCGCAGCGAACCGAGGUCUCCAGUGGAGCGACUCAAGGACACGGUUUCUAAGAUGUGCCUGUAUACUGGCUCUGGUGGUUCCGCCCGGCUGGGCUCGGACUCUGCCUGCCGUGGUCCAGGACUCUCUUCCGGACCUGGGUCAUCCCCCAAGAAGAGAAACAGCCUGCCUGACUUGGUGGGACUGGUCCUGGAGAACGCCAAGGCAGAGGCUAUAUCCAGAGACAUGGAGGAGGAUAAUCAGGAUACAGGGGACAGUAAUGGGAUGAGUGCUGCUGUGGACAUGAGUGCUAUCGUGAAGGACAGAGGGACAGAGACACAGGGACAUAGAGACACAGUCAGAGGCAAGGAGUUGGACCAGGGAUCGUCAUCAGACAGGGAUGGGGCUGAUUUAGAGAGCGAGAGAGACACCGACAGAACUCGCAAUCUUCGAGCAUCAUCACUUUCAGAAUCAGGUCAGCUAGAACCCAGUAGUAGAAAGAAACGGGACUUUUGCCUUACGACUCCAAGUCCUACUUGUGAGGUUGGAGAAACUCAAAACACAAUUCAUCACACAGACUGGGCAGCGGUGGUGGCACCGGUUGCCAAGGUUACCCAUGAAGUCACAUGUCCUCAGAUCGUUGAGAGUCUGCACCAGGCACUCUACAGCAGUCAACUACAACAGUGGAAUAAUAACACACAGAUGGCGACCAUUUUGUCAUCUGUUGUGUCCUGUGAGAAUGUCAGAUCUGACCGAUCCUUCACCACAUCAGACACACUACACAAACCCAGGGAGGAGGAGCAUUUAACUACCAGGAACUCAGCCAAGAGUUUAGAGGUCGUCAUAACUCCCAUUCCAAAGGCUGAGUCUGAGGGUGACUCCAGUUUGGGAGAAACUGGGACACUGGUGGAGUCAACGAUCGUGCCCAUAGAGCUCCCUAGUGGAAGGAGGUCCCCUUGUCUAAUCACUGUAGCUGAUGUGAUUUGUAGUUUUAGUUCUGCAGACACACCUGAGAUGGUUCUCACUCCCAGUGGUGGUACCACAGCAGUGCCUACAGCAGCCCAGUAUUAUCCAGGUGUAUGGGGGAUCAAGAGGUACCAGAGUCCUCUGAACCCUCCACCAAUCCGGGCCCAAGGGGAGGCCUCCCACAGUCUUCAACAGGCCAACUCCUUUGAGCUAGAGGAGGUAAGUGACAUAAUUGUUUUGGAUUUAACCUAUAUGGCACACUCUACUCCAGUCUCUGAUUUCCUAGGGCUUAUACACACAUCUAGGUGGCGUAGUCGAUUAGCUAUCCACCCUUGGCUGCCUGACAUUUAAAAAAAAAAAAUUUAUUUCACCUUUAUUUAACCAGGUAAACCAGUUGAGAACAAGUUCUCAUUUACAACUGCGACCUGGCCAAGAUAAAGCAAAGCAGUGCGAUAAAAACAACAACACAGAGUUACAUAUGGGGUAAAACAAAACAAAGUCAAAAAUACAACAGAAAUACAUAUCAUAUACAGUGUGUGCAAAUUUAGCAAGUUAUGGAGGUAAGGCAAUAAAAUAGGCUAUAGUGCAAAAUAAUUACAAUUAGUAUUAACACUGGAAUGAUAGAUGUGCAAGAGAUGAUGUGCAAAUAGAGAUACUGGGGUACAAAUGAGCAAAAUAAAUAACAAUAUAGGGAUGAGGUAGUUGGGCGGGCUAAUUUCAGAUGGGCUGUGUACAGGUGCAGUGAUCGGUAAAGUGCUCUGACAACUGAUGCUUAAAGUUAGUGAGGGAGAUAAGUGUCUCCAGCUUCAGAGAUUUUUGCAAUUUGUUCCAGUCAUUGGCAGCAGAGAACUGGAAGGAAUUGCGGCCAAAGGAGGUGUUGGCUUUGGGGAUGACCAGUGAGAUAUACCCGCUGGAGCGCAGACUACGGGUGGGUGUUGCUAUGGUGACCAAUGAGCUAAGAUAAGGCGGGGAUUUGCCUAGCAGUGAUUUAUAGAUGGCCUGGAGCCAGUGGGUUUGGCGACGAAUAUGUAGUGAGGACCAGCCAACAAGAGCGUACAGGUCACAGUGGUGGGUAUUAUAUGGGGCUUUGGAGACAAAACGGAUGGCACUGUGAUAGACUACAUCCAAUUUGCUGAGUAGAGUGUUGGAGGCUAUUUUGUAAAUGACAUCGCCAAAGUCAAGGAUCGGUAGGAUAGUCAGUUUUACGAGGGCAUGUUUGGCAGCAUGAGUGAAGGAGGCUUUGUUGCGAAAUAGGAAACCGAUUCUAGAUUUAACUUUGGAUUGGAGAUUCUUAAUGUGAGUCUGGAAGGAGAGUUUACAGUCUAACCAGACACCUAGAUAUUUGUAGUUGUCCACAUACUCUAGGUCAGACCCGUCGAGAGUAGUGAUUCUAGUCGGGUGGGCGGGUGCAAGCAGCGUUCGGUUGAAGAGCAUGCAUUUAGUUUUACUAGUGUUUAAGAGCAGUUGGAGGCUACUGAAGGAGUGUUGUAUGGAAUUGAAGCUCGUUUGGAGGUUUGUUAACACAGUGUCCAAUGAAGGGCCAGAUGUAUACAAAAUGUUGUCGUCUGCGUAGAGGUGGAUCUGAGAGUCACCAGCAGCAAGAGCGACGUCAUUGAUAUACACAGAGAAAAGAGUCGGCCCAAGAAUUGAACCCUGUGGCACCCCCAUAGAGACUGCCAUAGGUCCAGACAACAGGCCCUCCGAUUUGACACAUUGAACUCUAUCUGAGAAGUAGUUGGUGAACCAGGCGAGGCAGUCAUUUGAGAAACCAAGGCUAUUUAGUCUGCCAAUAAGAAUGCGGUGGUUGACAGAGUCGAAAGCCUUGGCCAGGUCAAUGAAAACGGCUGCACAGUACUGUCUAUUAUCGAUCGCGGUUAUAAUAUCGUUUAGGACCUUGAGCGUGGCUGAAGUGCACCCAUGACCAGCUCGGAAACCGGAUUGCAUAGCGGAGAAGGUACGGUGGGAUUCGAAAUGGUCGGUGAUCCGGUUUGUUGACUUGGCUUUCAAAAACUUUUGAAAGGCAGGGCAGGAUGGAUAUGGGUCUGUAACAGUUUGGAUCUAGAGUGUCACCCCCUUUGAAGAGGGGGAUGACCGCGGCAGCUUUCCAAUCUCUGGGGAUCUCAGACGUUACGAAAGAGAGGUUGAACAGGCUAGUAAUAGGGGUUGCGACAAUUUCGGCGGCUAGUUUUAGAAAGAAAGGGUCCAGAUUGUCUAGCCCAGAUGAUUUGUAGGGGUCCAGAUUUUGCAGCUCUUUUAGAACAUCAGCUGUCUGGAUUUGUGUGAAGGAGAAGCGGGGGGGGGCAUGGGCAAGUUGCAGCGGAGGGUGCAGAGUUGGUGGCCAGGUUAGUGGUAGCCAGAUGGAAAGCAUGGCCAGCUGUAGCAAAAUGCUUGUUGAAAUUCUCGAUUAUUGUAGAUUUAUCGGUGGUGAUAGUGUUUCCUAGCCUCAGUGCAGUGGGCAGCUGGGAGGAAGUGCUCUUAUUUUCCAUGGACUUUACAGUGUCCCAAAACUUUUUGGAGUUAGUGCUACAGGAUGCAAAUUUCUGUUUGAAAAAGUUAGCCUUUGCUUUCCUAACUGCUUGUGUAUAUUGGUUCCUAACUUCCCUGAAAAGUUGCAUAUCGUGGGGGCUAUUUGAUGCUAAUGCAGUACGCCACAGGAUGUUUUUAUGCUGGUCAAGGGCAGUCAAGUCUGAGGAGAACCAGGGGCUAUAUCGGUUCUUAGUUCUGUAUUUUUUGAAUGGGGCAUGUCUAUUUAAGAUUGAGAGGAAAUUACUUUUAAAGAACAACCAGGCAUCCUCUACUGACGGUGACAUACACUACCGGUCAAAAGUUUUAGAACACCGACUCCUUCAAGGGUUUUUCUUUAUUUUUACUAUUUUCUACAUUGUACAAUAAUAGUGAAGACAUCAAAACUAUGAAAUAACACAUAUUGAAUCAUGUAGUAACCCAAAAAAGUGUUAAACAAAUCAAAAUAUAUUUUAUAUUGAAGAUUCUUCAAAUAGCCACCCUUUGCCUUGAUGACAGCUUUAAACACUCCUGGCAUUCUCUCAACCAGCUUCACCUGGAAUGCUUUUCCAACAGUCUUGAAGGAGUUCCCACAUAUGCUGAGCACUUUUUGGCUGCUUUUCCUUCACUCUGCGGUCCGACUCAUCCCAAACCAUCUCAAUUUUGUUGAGGUCGGGUGAUUGUGGAGGCCAGGUCAUCUGAUCCAGCACUCCAUCGCUCUCCUUCUUGGUAAAAUAGCCUUUACACAGCCUGGAGAUGUGUCGGGUCAUUGUCCUGUUGAAAAACAAAUAAUAGUCCCACUAAGCACAAAAGGGAUGGCGUCCUUUAGUAGUGGUUUCUUUGCAGCAAUUUCACCAUGAAGGCCUGAUUCACACAGUCUCCUCUGAACAGUUGAUGUUGAGAUGUCUCUGUUACUUGAAGCAUUUAUUUGGGCUGCAAUUUCUGAGUCUGGUAACUAAUUAUCUUAUCCUUCCAUUCCUGUGGUGGUCCUCAUGAGAGCCAGUUUCAUCAUAGCGCUUGAUGUUUUUUGCGACUGCACUUGAAGAAACUUUCAAAGUUCUUGAAAUGUUCCGUAUUGACUGACCUUCAUGUCUUAAAGUAAUGAUGGACUGUCAUUUCCCUUUGCUUAUUUGAGCUGUUCUUGCCAUAAUAUGGACUUGGUCUUUUACCAAAUAGGUCUUCUGUAUACCACCCCUACCUUGUCACAACACAACUGAUUGGCUGAAACGCAUUAAGAAGGAAAGAAAUUCCACAAAUUAACUUUAAACAAGGCACACCUGUUCAUUGAAAUGCAUUCCAGGUGACUACCUCAUGAAACUGGUUGAGAGAAUGCCAAGAGUGUGCAAAACUGUCAUCAAGGCAAAGGUAGCUAUUUGAAGAAUCUCAAAUCUCAAAUAUAUUUUGAUUUGUUUAACACUUCUUUGGUUAGUACAUGAUGCCAUAUGUGUUAUUUCAUAGUUUUGAUGUCUUCACUAUUAUUCUACAAUGUAGAGAAUAGUAGAAAUAAAGAAAAACCCUUGAAUGAGUAUGUGUUCUAAACCUUUUGACCGGUAGUAUAUACUUAGAGCCAGGAGUUUUCCUGACCACCUGUUUUCAAAUUUUGUUUAACAACAGGUACAUAGUGCAGGGGAGGAAGACUUUGGACAGCAAGAAACCAUAAGAUCAACGUCUUUGUCACUGUCUACUGUCAAUCAAAACACUGGUGAGUUCAUAGUCUUGAUUGAUUGAUACAUCAUGGUCAUAUUCAGCUGAACCAAGUGAUAUUAACAGUGUAUCUGCUCACUACCAAAGUAGUUGUUUAGUGGAAGAUGACUGACUAGCGCGAUUCGGAGCAGCCAAUGUGCUUAAUUUCACAGGAACACAAACACGUUUCAAGUUACAGUUUGAAAGUGAAUGUGGUUGAUACUGUACCUCAAAUGGGCAGUGCUGUUGUCACAUUAGCUGUGAAUGAGUUGCAGUGUGUAUUUGUGCAUGCAUGUACACUUAACUCAUGUCACUUAACCCUUGAACCACCACCAGGCCUACAACAUACACAGUCAUAUUCUAUUCAAGGAUUUAACACGUCAGGCCUGCAGUACUGUACUUCCCAGAAUAAAACAUGCAGGGUUGGCCAGAAAUCAGCCCACACUUUUCUCAACAUUUCCAGUUAGCUGACAAUCUUAAAGAACAAGAAUGUGAGAAAAUAUUAAUACGAGAAACUGUGGUGAACGCACCCCUUUCUUCACACACACAUACAGUGGGGGAAAAAAGUAUUUAGUCAGCCACCAAUUGUGCAAGUUCUCCCACUUAAAAAGAUGAGAGAGGCCUGUAAUUUUCAUCAUAGGUACACGUCAACUAUGACAGACAAAUUGAGAUUUUUUUUCACCAGAAAAUCACAUUGUAGGAUUUUUUAUGAAUUUAUUUGCAAAUUAUGGUGGAAAAUAAGUAUUUGGUCACCUACAAACAAGCAAAAUUUCUGGCUCUCACAGACCUGUAACUUCUUCUUUAAGAGGCUCCUCUGUCCUCCACUCGUUACCUGUAUUAAUGGCACAUGUUUGAACUUGUUAUCAGUAUAAAAGACACCUGUCCACAACCUCAAACAGUCACACUCCAAACUCCACUAUGGCCAAGACCAAAGAGCUGUCAAAGGAUACCAGAAACAAAAUUGUAGACCUGCACCAUGCUGGGAAGACUGAAUCUGCAAUAGGUAAGCAGCUUGGUUUGAAGAAAUCAACUGUGGGAGCAAUUAUUAGGAAAUGGAAGACAUACAAGACCACUGAUAAUCUCCCUCGAUCUGGGGCUCCACGCAAGAUCUCACCCCGUGGGGUCAAAAUGAUCACAAGAACGGUGAGCAAAAAUCCCAGAACCACACGGGGGGACCUAGUGAAUGACCUGCAGAGAGCUGGGACCAAAGUAACAAAGCCUACCAUCAGUAACACACUACGCCGCCAGGGACUCAAAUCCUGCAGUGCCAGACGUGUCCCCCUGCUUAAGCCAGUACAUGUCCAGGCCCGUCUGAAGUUUGCUAGAGUGCAUUUGGAUGAUCCAGAAGAGGAUUGGGAGAAUGUCAUAUGGUCAGAUGAAACCAAAAUAGAACUUUUUGGUAAAAACUCAACUCGUCGUGUUUGGAGGACAAAGAAUGCUGAGUUGCAUCCAAAGAACACCAUACCUACUGUGAAGCAUGGGGGUGGAAACAUCAUGCUUUGGGGCUGUUUUUCUGCAAAGGGACCAGGACGACUGAUCCGUGUAAAGGAAAGAAUGAAUGGGGCCAUGUAUCGUGAGAUUUUGAGUGAAAACCUCCUUCCAUCAGCAAGGGUAUUGAAGAUGAAACGUGGCUGGGUCUUUCAGCAUGACAAUGAUCCCAAACACACCGCCCGGGCAACGAAGGAGUGGCUUCGUAAGAAGUAUUUCAAGGUCCUGGAGUGGCCUAGCCAGUCUCCAGAUCUCAACCCCAUAGAAAAUCUUUGGAGGGAGUUGAAAGUCCGUGUUGCCCAGCGACAGCCCCAAAACAUCACUGCUCUAGAGGAGAUCUGCAUGGAGGAAUGGGCAACAGUGUGUGAAAACCUUGUGAAGACUUACAGAAAACGUUUGACCUGUGCCAUUGCCAACAAAGGAUAUAUAACAAAGUAUUGAGAAACGUUUGUUAUUGACCAAAUACUUAUUUUCCACCAUAAUUUGCAAAUAAAUUCAUUAAAAACCCUACAAUGUGAUUUCCUGUUUUUUUUCUCUCUCAUUUUGUCUGUAAUAGUUGACGUGUACCUAUGAUGAAAAUUACAGGCCUCUCUCAUCUUUUUAAGUGGGAGAACUUGCACAAUUGGUGGCUGACUAAAUACUUUUUUUCCCCACUGUAUGUGUGUGUGAAGAAAGGGGUGCGUUCACCAUAGUUUCUCGUAUUAAUAUUUUCUCACAUUCUUGUUCUUUAAGAUUGUCAGCUAACUGGAAAUGUUGAGAAAAGUGUGGGCUAAUUUCUGGCCAACCCUGCAUGUUUUAUUCUGGAAAGUAAUGUACUGCAGGCCUGACGUGUUAAAUCCUUGAAUAGAAUAUGACUGUGUAUGUUGUAGGCCUGGUAGUGGUUCAAGGGUUAAGUGACAUGAGUUAAGUGAGUAUGGCUGUGUAACUAACUCUGCGUUUGACCUGACUGUGUACUUCUCUGCCUACAGUAUGUAGGCCUGGGAGUUCGAGGGUUACGCGGCAUGUAAGAGUGUGGCUGUGUUUCUCUCUGUGUAGACCUGUCAGUGUACUUGUCUUUGUCUCUGUGUAGGUCUGGUGAUUCGAGGGGACAGCAUGCAGUCAGACAGUAGUGGCUACGCUGAUGAAGACGUCAACUCUGCAGUCUACUCCACUGAAGGAGACAAGAGCUGA